AUGGGCGCAGCUAUAGGCGACACAAUAUGUCCCAACGGCAUGUUCCGGUGUCCGGAAGGCAAGUGCAUACCUUCGCUGUGGGUGUGCAACUAUCAGAGCGACUGCGCAAAAGGAGAGGACGAGUUUCAGGCCUGUCCACCUCCGGAAUGUGAAACGGGUCAGCUGACGUGCGGCCAGUAUGUGUUCAAUAAGACGUACUGCAUCCCGCCACACUACCGCUGCGAUAUGCACGUCGACUGUGUGGACGGCACCGACGAAGCCGACUGCACGUACCGUAAAUGUCAGACGGACGACUUUCAGUGUGGUGUGGAGACCGGGGGAUCCGGCAAGGCGUCCUCGCAGGGGCUCUGUAUACCAAAGGAGAAGAAAUGUGACGGGUACCUAGACUGUCGGUCCGGUAAGGAUGAACAAGAUUGCCCUGGGCAGACGCUGUCCUGCCGACUAGACCAGUUUCGCUGCGCGAAUGGGGAGAAGUGUGUGGAUGCGUCCGUCAAGUGCGAUCACACGGAUGAUUGCGGCGAUAACUCAGAUGAAGCACAUUGCAGCUUCCCUCCGUGCCACAUCGGCCAGUUCCGCUGCAGCAACGCACUGUGCAUCCCGGUCACGUAUCAGUGCGACGGCUACCGCGACUGCGGUGAUGGCUCGGACGAAGCCAACUGUACCGCCAUCACCUGCCCCGACAACAAGUACCUGUGCCCUAAGGGCGGACCUGACGGCGUGCACAAGUGUAUCGCCAAGUCACAGCUCUGCGACGGUAAAAGGGACUGCGACGAUAAUGCCGACGAGGAAUCCGCUUGCUCGAUGUCGUCGUGUCCAGCGCUGGGCUGCGAGUACAAGUGCGCUGCAUCGCCCAGCGGCGGCGUGUGCACGUGCGCCGCCGGCCUAAAGCUGGCAGCCGACAGCCGCAGCUGCCAAGACCGCGACGAGUGCCGCGACUGGGGGCCCUGUCACCAGCUCUGCGUCAACACUCCCGGCUCAUACACGUGUGCGUGCGCGCCGGGCUACUCGCUGGAGGCGGGCGGGCGCUGCACGGCGCGCGGCGCGGGCGCCUGGCUGGCGCUGGCGCACUCGCGCGGCCUGCUGCGCUUGGACGCGCCGGCCGCCGCGCCCUCCGCCCCUCCCGGCCCCACCACGCCACUCGCAAACGCCUCCUCCGCCGCCGGCCUCGACUACCACUACCGCCGCAACCUGCUCUUCUGGUCCGACCUCAAGACCCGCAAGAUCCACUCGCAACCGCUGAACGCAGUGGGUGCGUUACCAGGCAGCCUGCCGGCGUACGGCAGCGACAUCGUGCCGGCCGGCGCCUGGGCACCCGUGGCGCUGGCCGUGGACUGGGUGGGCGACAAGCUCUACGUGGUGGACGCCGUGGGGCAGAAGGUGGACGUGCUGGAGCUGGACGGGCGCUGGCACGCCGUGGUCUUUGGCUCCAACCUCACCAGCCCCGCCGACAUUGCGCUCGACCCCACACUCGGCCUCAUGUUCGUGGCCGACAGCAGUCAGAUUAUUCGCGCAAACAUGGACGGUACUCACGCAAAGUCAAUAGUGUCAGAAGCAACGUAUAAAGCAUCAGGCAUAGCUGUGGACAUCAUUGCAAGGAGAAUAUUUUGGUGCGACUCUUUGCUUGACUAUAUCGAAACGGUUGACUAUGACGGAAACUACAGAUUCCUCGUACUAAGAGGUCAACAGGUACCUGGCCCUUCUAGACUGGCUCUCUUCGAAGACAGAGUCUACUGGUCUGACAACACUAAACAAGGAAUAAGUUCUGUAAGUAAAUAUGAGGGAGCCAGUAGUAUACAAGCAAUAUAUAAAAUGAAAGAUAUUAUUAAUCCUAAAGCAAUUACUGUAGUGCAUUCAUUAAAACAGACGUCAGUAAACAAUCCAUGUGGGACCAAUAAUGGAGAUUGCUCACAAAUGUGCAUUGUAACAGCACUACAAAAUGGUGGACUUGGAUACCGUUGUGCGUGUAACAUUGGCUACAGACUAGAGACAGAUUUGAGAAAUUGUGAUAUCGUUACAGAGUUCCUAAUGUACUCCCAACAGAGAUUUAUCAAGGGUAAAGUUCUUGAUCCGGUUAUAGAAGGAUUCAGUGAAGCCAUACUUCCGGUCGUGUCAAGACGGGCUAGAUUUGUUGGUCUCGAUUUUGAUGCACGUGACGAACAUAUUUAUUAUUCUGAUGUUUUACAAGACGUUAUUUAUAGAAUUCAUAGAAAUGGUACAACCAAAGAAAUAGUUUUAGCAUCACAGAAUGAAGGUGUUGAAGGCUUGGCUGUGGAUUGGGCUUCAAAAAAUUUGUACUACAUCGAUUCUAGAAAAGGCACUCUUAAUGUUUUGUCUACAAGAAAUGUCAGCUACAAAAGAACACUUCUUAAAGACCUGAAACGACCCCGUGCUAUCGUCGUUCAUCCUAACAAAGGUUUUAUAUUCUUUUCCGAAUGGGACCGACCAGCUAACAUCAGUCGAGCUAAUACUGAUGGUAGCGGUCUACUUGUUUUCGAAAAUGUUACAUUAGGAUGGCCCAAUGGUUUAUCAAUAGACUUCGAUGCUGACAGAUUGUAUUGGUGUGACGCUUUACUAGAUCACGUGCAACAUUCUAAACUGGACGGAACUGAUGUGAAAACUAUUAAUUCAAGAUUAAUAAGACAUCCAUUCUCUAUUGUAAUUCACAAAGAUUUCAUAUACAUCACUGAUUGGAGACUCGAUGCCAUUGUUCGUUUGCACAAAUUGACGGGUGAGCAAGAAGAAAUUAUGGUAAGAGAACCGCAGACGAACCGGUUGUAUGGCGUCAAGGUAUACAGCAAAGAGAUGCAAAAAAUUGAUCCAAUGCAACCUUGUGCCCAUAACAAUGGUAACUGCCAAAAACUUUGUUUCGCAAUACCCAGAAAUAAUACAGAAUUGUUAACGGUGAAAUGUGGAUGUCCAUACGGAGAGAAAUUAGCCCCAGAUGGCACGAGCUGUAUCGCAGAUCCGAAUGCGGAGCCUCCGAUGCAGGCGUGUCCCAACUCCUGGGACUUUACGUGUAACAACCAGCGCUGUAUUCCUAAGAGUUGGGUGUGUGAUGGUGACGACGACUGCUUGGAUAACAGUGAUGAGGAGCAAAAUUGUACCAAGACGACAUGCAGCGCGUCCGAGUUCAUGUGCAAGUCGGGGCGGUGCAUCCCGGCCACGUUUAAGUGCGACUCGGAGAACGACUGCGGCGACUUCUCAGACGAGGCGGGCUGCGUGAACGUGACGUGCGGCGCGUCGCAGUUCCAGUGCGACAACGGGCGCUGCGUGCCCGCCACAUGGAAGUGCGACUCCGAGAACGACUGCGGCGACGGCUCCGACGAGGGCGCGCACUGCGCCGAGAAGACCUGUGCCUACUUCCAGUUCACAUGCCCGCGCACGGGACACUGCAUCCCCGCGUCGUGGGUGUGCGACGGCGACGACGACUGCUUCGACAAGCAGGACGAGGCCGACUGCCCGCCCGUCUCCUGCCUGCCCAGCCAGUUCAAGUGCGCCGACCUCAAGCAGUGCGUGCAGGUAACCCACUGUUUAAAAUACAUUAUUUCAUUUAAAAAAUAA